CACCACAAAAGUGGUAGACAACCACCAUAAAACUGAACAAGGAGUCUGCCCUGCUGUACCACAGUCCGUCGUUCGCUGUAUUCUUCACACAGUUGUAACCCGCACAUUCGAUUGUUCGCUGCAGAGGUUAAAUAACGAUUUCAUCAACAAAUAUGGCAACCGCCAGGAAGUAAGCUCAUUAGUGAAACCUGUUGGUUUAGUGUGUGGCUGGAGCUAAUACUUGUGGACACUGCGUACUGCUGGACCUGGUCUUCCUUAAAAGUGUUGACGGGAGCUGCAGUUCUGAACACUUUUGAGCAGCAGUAUGAUGCAGGCAGGAGUCUGUCUGAGACAGGACACUGAGACAACACUACCAGAGCUCACUGAGCAGCACAGGAUCAGACAGAAAGAAGAGGAACUCAGUGGACUGGAGUCUGUACACAUGGCAGAGUCAGAGACAGAGUGUUCUGCACCAGGACUCAACACACUGGAGCCAGAGUGUGUUACAGCACACAGCGGGGUCAGUGAUGUACAGAACAGACACACACCACUGACUAAAACUGAAACUGAUCUGGGCUCCUCCCACACUGGGGAUCUUAUUAAGACAGAGAACCUCGAGUGUACAGAGCUGGGAUAUGUAGCCCAUCUGCAUCCUGACCAAAUCAAAACGGAGACUGCUGAUGGAGGAUACCUUCAGGCAGAACACAUCAGUGACUUGCAGGAUAUUAAUUGUGUGAAAAUUGAAUUUGAUAGGAUUAAGUGUGAAUCCAGUGAAAGUUUAGUGAGUAAUCUCAUAAAUGCUGUAAUGAAUGGAGCUGGUGUUGAUCACAAAGACCAGGCUGAACAAUGGCAAUGUGCAGGAGAGCCAAACACAGACUGUAAAAAAGAAGAAAUUCAGGAGCUGCUGACCCAGUGUGGGGAAUUAAAUCGCUAUGACAACACUAAUGAACAUAAUCAGGCCAGAUUUGUUCAGAAAAGUACGAACAUUUGUGGCAAACAUAAACAGCGAACAAAUGUGACAAUUGAACCCAUGAUAAUGAAUUCAUGCAAAAACCAAAAACUUUUGAAUUUCUUUCAAAACCAGACUGUUCAUAGAAAUAAAGGGGACCUUCAUUUAGGAGAAAAGCCAUACAAGUGUACACAGUGUGAGAAGUGCUUUUUGAGAUUGUCUCAUUUAAAUAGCCACCAGAGAAUUCAUGCUGGUGAAAAGCCCUACAAAUGUACUUCGUGUGAGAAGUGCUUUUCCAGAAUGUCUCAUUUAAAUAGCCACCAGAGAAUUCAUACAGGUGAAAAACCCUACAGAUGUACUCAGUGUGGGAUUCAUUUUUCGCAAACAAGUGCUUUAAAUUGCCACAAGAUGAUUCAUACAGGUGAAAAGCCCUACAAAUGUACUCAGUGUGGGAAAUGUUUUUACCAAAAAAGUGCUUUAAAUCGCCACAAGAUGAUUCAUACAGGUGAAAAGCCCUACAAAUGUACUCAGUGUGGGAAAUGUUUUUCCCAAACAAGUGCGUUAAAUCGCCACAAGAUGGUUCAUAUGGAUGAAAAACCCUUUCUUUGUAUUCAGUGUGGGAAGUAUUUUAAUGCAAAAUAUUCUUUAGAUAUACACAUGAGAAUUCAUACAGAUGAACAGCCUUACAAAUGUCCUCAGUGUGUGAAGUCUUUCUGUAGACUAUAUGAUUUAAAUAGCCACCUGAAAAUUCACUCAGGUGAACAGACCUACAAGUGUACAGAGUGUGGAAAAUGUUUUUAUCGGAAAUAUAAUUUAACUUGCCACCUGAGUACUCACACGGGUAACAAGCCCUUCAAAUGUAUUGAGUGUGGGAAGUGUUUUUCCCAAAGAAGUGAGCUAAAUCGUCACAAUAUAAUUCAUACAGGUGAAAAACCCUUCAAGUGUACUCAGUGUGAAAAGUGUUUUUUUUCAACAUCAUCUUUAAAUUUACACUUGAAAAGGCAUACACAUGAAUAUCCCUUCAAAUGUCCUCAGUGUGAGAAGUCUUUCUCCAGAAUAUAUGAUUUAAAUAGCCACAUGAAAAUUCAUUCAGGUGAACGGCCCUACAAGUGUACAGAAUGCGGGAAGUGUUUUAACAGAAAAUAUAAUCUAACUUGCCACCAGAGUACUCACAGGUGAAAAGCCCUACAGAUUUAUUCAUGGUGGGAAGUACUUUCCAAAAUAUCUCGUAAGUAGCUUCCAGAGAAUUCCUCUGGUGGUAAUUAGCCACCAGAGGAUUUGUGCGGAAGAACGCCCCUGAAAGUGUGAACAGUACGGACUGGCCUUUUUAACUAAACCAGCUUUAAAUCAACACCAGCAUAAUUCAUACAUUUGGAAAGAUAGCCUUGUCAGCCUUUCCUGUUGCAUGGUAGUACAGUGUAUGGUUCCCCCUGAUGUAUUCCCUGCAAUGACUGGGACAAACUGGGAUCCCGUUUCCCUUUUACAAUGAGUGUUUGGGAACAUUCUUUUCAUUGUAAGGGAAUUUCAUUCGUAUUUCGACGGCUGGAAUUUUUUAGAAAAGAUGGUAGAAAGCUGGUAAUGUGUCUUGAAAACUCGUUUUCUGAAAAUGAAAUUGACAGAACUGGCCUUAUCAGUUUUCUUUUUUUACUGCCAGCAUAGAGGCUGUAAUAUGCAUGUUGACUAAAGCUGAUCAUUACACUUCAGACAAUAUGUUUUUAUCAACAUUUCAGAAUCUUUGUUUCUCUACUUUUCAGUGUUGUAGAUGAAUGGUGCAUGAAAUACGUUAACAUUGUGUGCACAUUCCAAGACUUUUAUGCCAUGUAAAUUUCUGCAUGGACUCUAAUGUCGUUCACAGAGUCAUUGCUUUCUAAUUUACUAUCCCUGUUUAUAAAUGUACUGUAGUUUAAUUCCUGUUGCACAUACCUGAAAACACUAUUUGUGCAGUAAAUACGUUUUAUUCCUAUGGGUCUGAAUUGUUUUAAUCAUUUUAUACAUUUUCAAUUGUAUGAACACUUUUUUACAUCUCAAAUAACCAUGACAUGCUUUUUUGUGAAAACUCAUCUGAUUCAAUGAAUUGAUAUUCUGAAGAAUGAAAUGACAAUAAUGAAAAAUAACAUCUUUAAUUAUGACAAAGAUGAUGUAUAUAUACAGAAAACAGUGAUUUUUGUAUUUCAUAUUUAGACUUACUGCAUUUCUAACAAACAACAUGGAAGAAAGGAAAUAAAUGCUUUGCCUUUACGUAUAAACGGUACUCCAGAAACAUCAUUUGUAUUAUUAUUAUAACAAAGGAGUAUUUAAAUGUCAUAACUUUGCUAGGUUUGAAAACAAACAUUUAAGUUGCAUUUUUCUCGCAUAUGCGCAGGUGGACCUUUAUUUUGAACAAUUUCAGAAAAAGUAUUUGCCCCCUUCCUGAUUUCCCCUAUGAUUGCAUUUGUCACACUGAAUGGUUUCAGAUCUUUAGACCAAAUGUAAUAUUUAGUGUUGGCAAAGCGAAGCUUUCUGAAGCAAUGAAGCUUGCCUCUGAAUUGUAUCGAAAAAGCAUUCAUUACUCGCAGCUUUUAAACACAGUGCAUGAUAGGAGAGAGCACAACUAUUUAACCUUUUCUAACCACUUUUGUCUACUAUGAGCAUAACUAGGAACGCCAGUAAUGUUGUUUGGGCAUAUUUCUUCAAAUACAGAAUAUCAGCAUCUUAUGUGGCUACAUCAUGCCAUUUACCUAUUAUUUAAUAGGCUGAGUUUAUGUAGCCUUCAUAUUUGAAUUUGGAAUCAGGAUACAAGUGCAGCGUCAACAAUUAAAUGGGGAGAGGAGGUGCUCAUAAAAUACACCUGUAUAGUUUAUAUAUUGCAUUAUUCCUAAUGGAUUGUUUUUGUUUUUAUUUGUUAAUGUUUGCAUUUAUAUACAUUAUUACUGUUUUUUUUUUUUUAUUAUUUCAUUUAUUUUACUAUAAACACUGAAAAUAUAUAAGGAAAAAAUUUGAAUUUUCAACUUUUCCCCCCCUGAAUCGCAGGAGGAGAAAGCUUACUUUAGUUGUUCAUAUCAUUUGAAAAUUCUCCCAAAUUGUAGGUCACUCUCUUUUCAGUUCUUUCUGCAGAAAUAAAUCCUAUUUCCUAUAUA